UGUGUGUGUGUGUGUAAGAUGGCUCUGAACGUCCCUGGGCUGAUAGCUGUGGCUGUGUUUUACAGCAUCAUCCUGGCCACAGGAAUAUGGGCGUCUCGAAAGUCCAAGCAAGAGGAGAGGAGAACCACGGGGAGCGGGACGGAAGCCGCCCUGAUCGCCGGCCGAAACAUAAACUUGUUUGUGGGGAUUUUUACAAUGACCGCUACCUGGGUCGGGGGAGGCUACAUCCUCGGGACAGCUGCCGCUGUGUACAAUCCUACAAAGGGCUUGGUUUGGGCUUUAAUGCCCAUUGAUUAUAUACUUAAUUUUGUUCUCGCUGGUGUUUUCUUUGCAAAGCCAAUGAGAGCAAAGAAAUAUGUGACGAUGAUGGACCCCUUCCAGCUGAAAUAUGGGAGCACUCUGAGCUGUGUGUUCCUGAUCCCUGCUCUGAUUGGUGAUGUACUCUGGGUGGCGUGUAUCAUGGCAAGUUUAGGAGGAACCAUGAGUGUGAUUCUGGAUCUCUCAGCUGUCUACUCGAUCUGCAUCUCAGCUGCUGUGGCAAUACUCUAUACACUUCUUGGUGGCAUGUUCUCUGUGGCCUACACUGACGUCAUACAACUGGUUUUCAUCUUUUUUAGCUUGUGGCUGUGUGUUCCGUUCCUGAUGCUGAAUCCGGCCUCCACAGACAUCACUGUCACUGCUUUUAACGGGACUCUUCAAGCCCCUUGGGUGGGGACCGUGGAGCCAGGAAAUGUGGGGCUGUGGAUAGAUGAUAUUUUGGUUUUGAGUCUAGGGGGCCUGGCUUAUCAAGCCAUGCACCAAAGGAUUCUGUCAGCAGCAUCAUCCCGGGAUGCCCAGGUCAUCUGUUUUGCUGCGGCGGGUUUUUCCUCUGUCAUGGGCAUACCCUCAGUCCUUAUUGGGGCGGUGGCUGCAUCAACAGAUUGGAACAUGACCAGCUAUGGUUCUCCAUCUCCUUAUGACCGUGGUGAAGCUGGGAAGAUUCUCCCCAUCGCUCUGCAGUACCUCACUCCUCCCGCCAUCUCCAUCAUGGGAAUAGGGGCGGUUGCCGCAGCAGUGAUGUCAUCCAUGGACUCCGCCCUCCUCUCCUCUGCCUCCUUAUUCACCAAUAACAUCUACAAGACUUUGAUUAGAAAGCAGGCUUCAGACAGAGAAGUGCAGUGGGUGAUCAAGGCCACAGUGCUGGUGGUCGGGCUGGCAGGGAUGGGGCUGGCCUUCUUAGGCAACAGCGUGCUGGCCUUCUGGGUGGUGAGCACGGACCUGCUGUACACCGUGAUCCUGCCCCAGCUGGUCUGCGUCCUGUUCUUCCCCGUCUCCAACGGCUACGGCGCGGCGGCGGGCUUCACCCUGGGGACGCUUCUGAGGCUGCUGAUCGGGGAGCCCUUGCUCCGCCUCCCCCCCGCCAUCCGAUUCCCCGACUGCAGGCUCAUCGACGGCGUCUACGUCCAGCACUUCCCCUGCCGCACCUUCAUCAUGCUCGUGUCCCUGUGCAUCAUCGUAUCCGUGUCCUACGUAGUGUCACUGCUGUUCGAUAAAGGACUGUUGCCAAAGAGGUGGGAUGUACUGCAGGUCAAGACACAUGAGGCACCCAACGACAGUUCAGAUAAAAAAGGGAACGCUGGUGAUGAAUGCCCUGCACCUUCAGAUCGUCUGCUCGAGACAAACUGUUAG